AUGGAGGUUGUUGAGACAUGUGGAAAAGGAGCUCUUUCUUCUGUAGAGCCUUCCACCAAACAUAGUUUUCCAUCAACUGAUGAGGAAAUUGUGGGCUUUGGGAAAGAUGCAGAAAAUAUAAUGAAGAAAUUGACUGGUGGAACAAAGGAGCUAGAUGUUAUCUCAAUCUUUGGAAUGCCAGGUCUCGGAAAGACAACUUUGGCCAGGAAAGUCUACAACAAUCCUUCUAUUGUUAAUCACUUUGAUGCUAAAGCUUGGUGUUCUGUUUCUCAAGCAUAUGAUAGGAGGAUGUUGUUGAUUGAAAUGCUUACACAAGCUACACGUGGUAAAUGUGAUAUCAAAGAGAACGACGACAUAGCUGACAAGUUGCAAAAGAGUCUAAAAGGCAGGAGAUACCUCAUUGUAUUAGAUGAUAUAUGGGAAGUCGAUGCAUGGGAAGAUUUGGAAUUAUGCUUCCCUAAUGGUGAAGAUGGAAGCAGAGUAAUAGUAACAACUCGAAUUGAAGAAGUGGCUAAGCAUCUUCAACACCGCAGUGAUCCCUAUUCUCUUAGAUUUCUGACACUGGAAGAGAGUUGGGAAUUACUGCAGAAGAAAGUGUUUAAAGGAGAGAGUUGUCCUCCGGAUCUACGGGAAGCAGGGUUACAAGUGGCCGAGCAUUGUAAAGGAUUACCUCUUGUCAUUGUCCUAAUUGCUGGAAUUAUUGCGAAAAUGGAAAGGGAGGCAUCCUUGUGGCUGAAGCUUGCAAAUGACUUGAGUUCUUAUGUUUUAGGAGAGCAGAGCAUGAAGGCAAUACAAUCAAGUUAUGAGCAUUUAGAAGACCACUUAAGGCCUUGCCUUCUAUACAUGUCAUUGUAUCCGGAAGACUGUAAGAUUUCAGUGUCUGAUUUGGUGAAAUUGUGGAUAGCGGAAGAGUUUGUACUGAAUAUUGACACAGAGAAUAUGGAGGAAGCAGCUAGAGUUUGCUUGAAUGACCUGCUUAAUAGAAGCCUAGUAAUGAUCUCUGAGAAGAAACUUGAUGGUCAGAUAAAAUACUGCAUACUGCACGAUGUAGUGCGUGAGUUUUGUGGUGGAAAACUUAGAGAAAAAGAGUUUAAGCAGCUCGCAGUGCCAUACAAUCCGUAUCAACAUUUGCAAUACUCCAAGGAAUCACAGUUAUGCAUUUAUAUUCAUGAUGAUCUGGUUGAACAAUUAGAUCAUUCUGAAUAUCGGCUGGAUAAGGUUCCAUUUCUGGACUCCGUGGAAACAAAGUCUUUGGAGUUCAUUGCUCAUCCAGCAUUCAACACAUGGAGCCGAUCGGAUCCUCUAUCUUUACUUGCUAAAUUAAGACGUGUUCGGGUGUUGCAUUUCUUGGAUGUGGAGUUGCCACGUUCUUGGGCUACGGAUGUACAAUCGCUAACUCGCUUGAGGUACCUUGCAAUUAAGGUCUUUGAUUUUGACUUCAAGUGGGUAUCUCACAUGCACGAUCUUCAAACUCUAACGGUUCAAAAAAGUAGAAGGCGUUUUUUAAACACAUCGCCAGCAGCUAUCUGGAAAAUGACCAAGCUAAGGCAUGUAAAUCUAAGUGAGUUUUUCUUCUUAUGGCAAGAUAGUGACCGAUCAUUUUUUGAAGAAUCUUCAGAAGCAAUGCUAGAGAAUUUGAGGACAUUUGGCACUUACAUAAUAUGUGAGAAUGAGAAGAAUCCAAGGUUCUGGUGGAGGUUCCCGAAUCUUGAAGAACUCAGCCUCGUGAUUGUAGGUGUAUCUACUAUUCCAUUAUUUCCCAUACCAGAAGUUCAUACUCAGCUUCAAUCUCUUGAACUAUAUCUCCCGGGCUCGUCAAAAUUCAGGUCUUCAGUUGGAGGGGCCAGUUGCUUUGUCUUCCCUUCAAAUCUUAGGCAUUUGUCCAUUCGCGGAUUUUGUCUAACGGAAGAAAUGGCUUUAAAUAUUACAAGAUUGCGGAAGCUUGAGAGACUAAAACUAAGUAAGACAGAGUUUUUGGGAGAAAAUUGUUGGGAUGCCACAGAUAUCGAGUUCCCUGCACUCAAAUACUUGUCAUUACUGUGGUGUAAUAUGAGAGGAUGGAAUGCUUCAGAGGAAUCCUUUCCCAUGCUUGAGAAGCUAGUUAUCCAAGGUUGUCGCGACCUCGAGGAGAUCCCUCUUAGCUUUGCUGAUAUUCCAACACUCCAACUUAUUGAAGUGGAAGACUGCAUGGAGUCUGUUGAGGAUUCAGCUAUGGAUAUUAAAAGAGAAAUAGAAGAAAACACAGGCUGUGACACUCUCCAAGUUCGUAUAUCGAAUAAGAGGAAGUACAGACAACUAAAUAGAGCUGGUAAUUAA